CCUCUCUCUCCUGCUGUGUAGUGGAUGGUAGCUGGUCGUGCUGGUCCGGCUGGUCUAUGUGUUCAGUGACGUGUGGAGGGGGACACUAUACGAGGUCACGCACCUGCAACAACCCCCCAUCAGCCUACGGAGGAGAUAUCUGUCUGGGACUACACACUGAAGAGGCUCUCUGUAACAUACAAUCAUGUCCAGAGAGUUGGUCUAACUGGUCCCUAUGGUGCCAGUGUGACAGUUCUGGCUCCCAGCUGCGGGUUCGACACUGUAAUGUCCUGUUCCCUACUGGAAACCAAUGUUCAGGAAGUCACACUGAGACCAGGGCCUGCCCACCUGACUCCAACGUUAUACCGGAAGUCUCCAUCGCUCGUUCCAGUCAGGAGGAGAGAAGAUGCGGAGAUUUCAACGUGUUCCAUAUGAUCGCUGUAGGCCUGAGUAGUUCUAUCCUGGGUUGUUUGGUCACCUUACUGGUGUACACCUACUGCCAGCGCUAUCAGCAGCAGUCUCACGAUGCUACAGUCAUCCACCCCAUCUCAGCAUCACCACUCAACACCUCCAUCACCAACCACAUCAACAAACUGGACAAAUACGACUCCUUGGAGGCCAUUAAGGCUUUCAAUAAGAACAACCUGAUUCUGGAGGAAAGAAAGAAGUACUUCAACCCCCAGCUAGCCGGGAAGACUUACACCAAUUCAUACUUCACUGACCUCAACACUUACGAUGACUAUUAACCCUUUGUUGGGCUACAGCAUCGGGGAGACACACCCUUGUGCAGACAACAACCCCACACCACUCGACAAUGUCCUAUAUUUUUCCACCUCGUAAUGAAAUCUAUGACGUUUUAUGUGGGACCCUCCCGCUCUGGGACCCAUUGGCAACUGCCAUCCAAUCAAAUUACAGCCACACGGCGAUGUCAUCAAAGGGACAGGCCCAAAAAGGAAACUCGAAGAGCUUUCUGAAUGGGAAGGACCCUGCUGUGAUUUCCUGUCACUCUCUUGUCCCAGAACUGUGUCGGUUCCGGAGGAAGAAAACAAACCAACUGCUUUGCAUGAUUUUCUCUGUCACUCUGUUCAGUUUUGCAUGGUUGGUAGCGGGCGGGCAGGCAGGCAGGCAGGCAGGCAGGCAGGCAGGCGGGCCACUCACUGUCCGCUGUGCUAGUGUCCUACAGAGGACCCCAAAGGGGUGGCGUUAGUUAUGCCUGAUGAAUUUGAAUCCAACUAUAAUGCUCAACGGUAGAUAGUCAAGUGCUUAGCGUACCCAGAGUAACUGUCACUCAAUAGCUUCCCCAGGUUGUUGUGGAUUUAAACCAAUUACAACUCUGCAUUAUUGUAGACUUUUGUUAAACCAAUCUUGUUCUAUACCGUCUACCGUUGAGUAACUAAAAUACCAGCCCUUUUGUUUAAAGAGGGGUUAUUCAAAUAAAGACAGGAUAUAGAUAUUGUAGAGAUGUUUCUCUUACGGGGCUGGUGUUGGUGUAGCAGUUAGUGGUGGUUGAGAUAUCAGUGUAUAAUCUUUCUUGGUUUUUGUUGAUGUUAUUGUACAGUAAGCUCAUUUGGAAGCAUAUUUCUCUGUGUCUUUAUAGGUCCAUUUACUCAAUGUCCGUGUUAAAAUCAAUCAUUUGAAAUUUGAGUAGAAGAAAUUGCCCGGGAAAUAUAUAAGUAGAUCAUGUUCAAACUGUCAUCAUACUUGUUAAUAUUUUUUUAAUGUGUGGUACUUUUCAAGGUGAAACAUCUCUCUUUUGUUUAAAGAUGUACAAUCAUAUUCAGUAUGUUGAUUUCUUCAAUGUUUUUGAAACGUUUGCUUGUUUUAUUGUGGAUAAAUAAAAUUAAAACGCUUGGUAUA